GCGUAUAAGCAAGGCGUAAAGUUUUCUUACAAAGCUUCUGCGGAGUACCCGAAGCACGCCUGCUGCCGAGAUCCUUGGCCAGACAUGCGACUCGCGUUACUCUUGGUCGCCUCGCUGGCAUUAGUGGGAACGGUCGCAGGACUUAGGAAGGAUGGUCGAGUCGACGGAUGCGGACGUGUUUUCCCCAACAGACGCCCUCUCACUGUGCCAAAAUCCCAAUUCAAUAAGUACCUGGGAUUGGCCUUCGAAUUCGCGACCCGUAUGUCAAUGCUCAGGAGAAAGAUGUACCACUUGCUGCGCAUCGAGCACAUUAAAUGGCAGAGCAAGUCUAAACUCAUUAUGAAGAUUACGAACGUCUUCUCCAGCUGCAGAAAGGUGCCUUGGUUUCCGUACUAUUUCGCGCAGUGCAAGCCGAAUUACCGUAAGGGCACUGCCACAUGCUGGGCCACGAUAGACUUGCUGCCCAGAUCGCUAAACAUAAAAAGAAUAUAUGGACCAACCUGCCGGGAAUAUACGAAGAAAACACCGAAAUGGCCAAAACGGCCAAAUCGCCUCUAUUAGCUGAGCUGCAUCGAACAUCGUCUCGGCACUUUGUGUCCCCAUCUGCGUGCAACCUUAUUGAUUGCGCGUCCACAAUAAAAAAAAAAACGCUUCAGCGACCUUUCUUUCAUUUUCUGUUUUCCCCCUUACCGAACCGCACCUUUGGUC